AGCUAGGAGGGUUAGCCGGCGCGUACAGCUGAAAAUACUGCAUUUUGAUCUAAAGUUGGAGGUACGUUUCACCGUGUAUACAGUCGGUUUUUGUUGUAUUUAACGUAAGCGUUUCGACCAUACUUCAUACGUGCGAAGAGGAGCUGUGCAUUUGUAGAGGAAAAAAAAGAGAAACGCACACUCGCCCAACGUUAUCCAUUCAUUUUCAAGCGUGACUGUGUCUGCUAGCUCGCUAGCUAGCCAAAGUGUCUAGGCGCGGUGAAGUCAGCGGUGGAGGAAACACUCCGCGUUCAUGGCCGCUAGCUAUCAAAUUCUUGAAAGAGUCGUGCAGUGACCGCCAGGCUUUUGUCGAGACUUUCUGUCAUUUUGUGCACGUUUUGUUUCAGCGCGCUUGCAUUAUAAUUAGCAUAACAGCUAGCCGCCGUUAGCUAAAACUUGACGGGCGAUUGCGUUCGGCUCAGUGCGCGUGCAUCACUCCAGCUCUCUCAGACGCAGCACGCGGACGGACGGUGAACUGGCGCUGGGUUCCGACACCAUGUCCGAGUUGUACAUUCGGGUGGCCGAGGAUGAAAACGAAGAGCCGAUGGAGAUCCCCUCGGAGGACGACGGCACCGUGCUGCUGUCCACAGUCGCUGCCCAGUUCCCGGGGGCGUGCGGCCUACGGUACCGGAACCCAGAGUCUCAGUGCAUGCGGGGCGUCCGGCUCGUGGAGGGGGUCCUGCACGCACCCGAGAGCGACUGGGGGAACCUGGUGUACGUCGUCAACUACCCCAAAGACAAUAAAAGGAAGAUGGAGGAAAUGGAUGCUGCCUCAGCUGUAAAGAUCAAAAGGGGAUUUCAGAAGACAUCAGAUCUCAUUGUCCUUGGGCUGCCGUGGAAAACAUCAGAACAGGACCUGAAAGAUUAUUUCAGUACCUUUGGGGAAGUCAUCAUGGUACAGGUGAAGAGAGAUGCAAAAACUGGCAACUCCAAAGGGUUUGGGUUUGUCCGGUUCACUGACUAUGAGACCCAAACCAAAGUGAUUUCUCAGAGACACAUGAUUGAUGGAAGAUGGUGUGAUUGCAAACUUCCCAAUUCAAAGUAUUCCCUGUUUCAGGCAGGUCCUGAUGAGCCCAUGCGCAGUCGUAAAAUCUUUGUUGGCCGCUGUACAGAAGACAUGACCACUGACGAGCUGAGGCAGUUCUUCAUGCAGUACGGCGAGGUCACUGAUGUCUUCAUCCCCAAACCCUUCCGAGCGUUUGCCUUUGUCACAUUUGCUGAUGACCAGGUCGCUCAAGCCCUGUGUGGAGAGGACCUAAUCAUCAAGGGUGUCAGCGUGCACAUCUCCAAUGCCGAGCCUAAACACAAUAAUAGUAGGCAAAUGAUGGAUCGAGGGCGGUUUGGGGCUGGUGGGUUCGGUCAAGCAUAUGGCAAUAGUCGUGGUGGGUUGGGGAGCAGUAGUGGGGUUAACUUUGGGGCUCUUGGUCUUAACCCAGCAAUGAUGGCUGCUGCCCAGGCAGCACUACAAAGCAGUUGGGGCAUGAUGGGCAUGCUGGCUAACCAGCAGGGUCAGACCACCACAGCAGGCACAGCCACAACAACCCGAGACCAGACCUAUAGCUCUACCAGCACCAGUUACAGCAGCCCCAGCUCAGCUAGUCUUGGUUGGGCUGCAGGCACUAAUUCUGCCUCCAGCACUGGCUUCAGCACUGGCUUUGGCACCUCUAUGGAGUCUAAGUCUUCUAGUUGGGGAAUGUAGAGAGCUUUGGGUUGAACUUUUUUGUUGCUGUUAGGCUAAUCUGGUAAGUAUACCUAGGGGUGGGAAACUCUAGUCAUAUCUCAUGUCCCUGUUAUUUAAAAAUAUAUUGCCUUUCAUUUUGUUAAAGAGAAAAUUUAUACUUAUAUGUGAUUAAUUAUGUAGCCAAGUAUUGAAUGGGUGAAGUGUUUAGUUUGUUAGUGGAAACCUCCACACUACCUUUUUUGUUUUUGAGAAAAUGUUACUUUGAGAUAUGACUGUGCAUGCAAGGUAUAUGUUUCUGAAACAUGCACGAGUAUCUCAAGAGCCCCCCUCAGCCACUUGUGAAAUGGGCUUGAUAUAGUUAAAUAUGUGUAUGCAGCUGAUUGUAUCCUCUUUUGUUUGUUUGGUUUGACGUUUUAUGGAAACGCCUUCAUGAAAAUCUCUUCUACAGUUCACCAACUCUUUUCCAAUUUCCCGGGAGGAAGCGCCUCAUGGGCAGCAUUGUUCGACAGAUCUCAGUAUCAAUUCCCUUCUUCCCAUGUGUAAAUGCUUUGCCAUCAAAGAACACAGCUUCACUCUGCAUAUACUGUGUUAGACGGUGGGUGUUGUCUUUUUCCUCUCCGCUUUUCAUGGAUAUAGAAAUUUUGUCUGCUCUUAUCGCUUUUGAGAUCGAUGAGUGGGAUUGAUGUUGGACAGAGUGAGAGACUGAGAGUGAGCGAACGGGAGAGAGCAAAAUGAAAGAAAGCAAGUGUGAAAAGGACUGUUUGUGCGAAUUUCUUAAAGAGCCAAAUGCCUGCGAGAGUUGAGAAGAACCUGUGGCUUUGUGCGAGUGUGAGAGGAAGAAGCAAGUACGAGUGUGUUCCUAAUGACCAUCACAAGGACAUUUAUUGCGCCUCGAGAUCCCUAAGGUCUCUCCUUUUCACUAAUUAUUUUCUAUCAAGCUUAAAUCUUUAAAAAAAAAAAAAAAAAAGUGAAAUGUUUAAUGCUAUGAGUAUUUGUACCCUCUCGUAGCUUUUUUCUUGCUGUCUGAUUUGAUGUGAAUGCCGUGUAUGGUGUGUGCUUUAUUUUCUUCUUGUUACCACCCUUUUCUGUGUGAAAAUGUGACAUGGUGCCGGUGAAGUUUGUGUGGGAAAAACAUUGGGGGAGCUUGGAAGUGUGAGCGGUUGAAGUGGCGAUGAGUGUUUGACAAGUCCCCAUUUGAAAGUUUGUUUGAAGUGGUUAUGAAUGCAUUUUCUAUGUUUUGUGAAAUCAAAGGGAAGACUCAAAUAAAACUGAAUUUGACUAGGUAUUA